UCUGGUAGAAGGCGUUGAGCCUGGCACGCAACUCUACUUUGACAAUUUCUUCACUUCCACUCGCCUCAUGGAGGACCUUGCACAGAAAGGAAUUCUUGCUGUUGGUACAGUCCGGACAAACAGGAAGGAUCUGCCUGAUGAAUUGAAAAUGGACAACAAACUCCAGAAAGGAGAAUAUAUCUGGCGAUCAAAAGGAAGCAUUGUUGCAUAUCAGUGGCGUGACACAAAAAAUGUGCAUGCUUUAUCGAAUUUUCACCACCCAAAGGACACAGAAGUUGUCCGCAAGCUUGCAAAUGGGUCUUCGGUUUCCGUCCAGUGUCCAAAGGCUAUAUCCGACUACAACACUUGGAUGGGAGGAGUCGACAAAUUCGACCAAAAGCGCAAUGCAUACCGAGCUGACAGGAGGUCCAAAAAGUCCUGGUACAGAAUAUUUUAUUUCUUGCUCGAUGCAGCCAUCGUCAACGCGUUCAUUCAAGUAAAUGCUGUGAAUCCAAUGACCUACUUAUGGUUUCGAUUGGUUCUUGGACGGGAACUCAUCAAUGGCCAGACAUUCAGAACCACCGGCAGCAGGAAGCCGUUCAGAAUGAACAAGGAGGGUAGAAAAAAUGGCCACAAAAUGGUUGGCGUAUCGGAUGAAGUUCGGUUCAUGGGAAGAGAGCACAACCCUGUGAAAGUGGAAAAUAGGCGCAGAUGCCGUUGGUGUUCCACGAGGGGGAAAGAAGUGCGAACAAGUUUCUUGUGCAAGGCAUGCUCAGUCCCGCUUUGUGUGACCUGUUUUGGACCAUUCCAUGAAGUGGUUAGUCAGAACUAACCUAGUGUGGCACCCGUGUAGGUCAAUGGGAU